CACUAUUUAACCCAAGCUCUUCCCGAUAAACUAGACAGAAGCGUUAUAUUGUCUACGGAGAAUGUGGACAAUUUUCUUCUUAGCCUUUUUGGCGACUGCCAUUGCACAAGACACCUACCUAGUUGUCGUACCCUCAGACGUUCGACCCGGGGUACCCCUCAGUAUCAGCGUCAACAUUCUACAGUCCCAUGGCAACGUUAACGUGAAAGCCGACCUGGUGGACAAGAGAACGAAAAAUCAUGUUGCCACAACACACGGGACUUUCUCUCAAAAUGUUCCAGGCACUCUGACCAUCCAGGUACCAGACAGUUUGGGACCGGGAUCUUACUCACUGGCCGUUCACGGGACUCAUGGAUUGAAGUUUACCAAUGAGACGGAUCUUAACUAUCAGUCCAAGAGUGUCUCCAUAUUCAUCCAAACGGACAAAGCCAUGUACAAACCAGGGCAAACUGUCAACUUCCGAGCAUUUGCUAUAUAUCCUAACAUGAGUACCUACACAGGAGCCAUGGAUAUCGAAAUUUAUGACCCCAACACUAAUAAAAUCAAGCAGAUUUUGGGCGCCAGGGACUCCACGGGGGUGAUCACCAACUUUCUGGAGGUGGAUACCCAACCUGUUCUGGGAGACUGGAAAAUUAAGGUCAUGGCACAUGGGAAAUCCACCGAAAAGACGUUUACAAUUGCCCACUACGUUUUACCAAAGUUUGAGGUGACAGUUGAACUUCCGUCAUUCGCUCUUUCUGCCGAUGACAACCUUAUGGGAACUGUGAGAGCCAAAUAUACUUAUGGUAAACCCGUGGAAGGCACUGUCACGCUGCGCGCUAAAAACGAGUACUGGUACCGACCCUGGAACUACCACGGAGACGAACCAAUGAUUGAGCAAACACUGACUCUGACAAACGGUGAAGCCAAAUUCACUCUAUCCGGUCUCAGUACACUUAACAAAUACCUUAAUGAACGGUACAUCACUGUGGAGGCCAAUGUGACAGAGAGUCUGACCAAAAUAACACUGAGUGGGAACAGUAAAAUACAGUUCCAUCAGCAUGCUGAGAAAAUGGAGUUCCUCGCCUCGAACCCUAGCACAUUCAAGCCCGGACUUCCUUACACUGCCUAUAUAAGAGUCACCCGCCAGGACGGUAGUCCAAUUACUGGAACAAAGCAGUCUGUAGUCCUUCAUAACACAAUAACCGCCCAGCUUCCAACCCCUUCCACAACACCCCAGUACUACUGGGGACCACAGACCACUAACUAUAAACUGGGUGACCAGACAUUCACCCUUCCUGAUACUGGCGUUGUUGCCAUCCAGGUACAGAUUCCAGAAAACGCCACAAGUGUCAGUUUACGGGCGGAAUAUGGAUCUGUUUCGAGUUACAAGUCUCUCCAGAAAAGCUAUUCUCCUAGUGACAGCUACAUCCAAUUGUUUUUAAGAUCUACCACCUUGCGUGCAGGAAGUGUUGCAAACUUUGAAGUUCAGUCAACAGAGGGUGUACAGCAGCUUACAUAUCAGAUUUUAUCUCGGGGGUCUAUUGUACACGCUGGAUCUGUGGAUGGAAACAACCAACAGUCAUUCACAUUCAGUGUACCUCUGACGGACAAAAUGGCACCCAAUGCUCGGAUCGUGACAUAUUACGUCAGAACUGACGGAGAAGUUGUUACCGACAGUAUCAGUUUUAACGUUGCAGGAGUUUUUCAAAACCAGGUUGCUUUAAGUUUUGACAAAACAAAGGCUCAGCCCGGUGAGAACGUCAAUGUCCGUGUGACAGCUGACCCUAUGUCCACAGUCAAUCUGUUGGCCGUUGACCAAAGUGUUCUUUUACUGAAGUCUGGAAAUGACAUUACCCAAGAGGAGGUAAUUGAUGAAUUGAAAACAUAUGAUACAAUUCAUCACCACGACAACGGACCUAUUUUCUUUGGCGGCGGAGGCAUUAUGCCAUUAGGAAGAAAGAAGCGUAUGAUUUGGUGGCCAUAUCCUACUUACUACGGUGGAUCCGAUGCCUCUCAAAUCUUUGCUAAUGCCGGAGUAAAAGUGAUGACCGAUGCUUUGGUGUUUAAACAUGUUGAACAACAUCCAUAUUACACCGGUACCAUGACGGGUGGUGGGGCUAUUGAUGGUAUGAUGCCAAUGCCAAUACCAAUUACUGCUGUGUUUGGUUCACCGGUGGGAGGAGGAGCUAGUCCAUCUUCACUCCAAGCUGUUGGUCGAAUUCGAAAUGUUUUCCCUGAAACGUGGCUUUGGUCAAAUGCAACUACUGGAUCUGACGGUCAGGUUCAGAUUUCUACCACCGUCCCUGACACCAUCACCUCCUGGAUAGCCAGCGCCUUCGCCAUCAACACUGCGUCUGGUUUGGGUAUUGCUGAUACCACAGCUAAGAUUGAAGCUUUCAAGCCCUUCUUCGUUAGUCUUAACUUGCCGUAUUCGGUUGUGCGUGGCGAGCAACUGGUUCUUCAAGCUAAUGUUUUCAACUACCUCUCUCAGGAUACUGACGUUUUGGUCACCUUGGAGAAGAACGACGAUUUCCGUAGCAUCGUGAUGGACGCCAGCAAUAACCCGACAUACGUGUCUCAAACACAGACCUCAACCAUCCAUGUUCCCUCUGGACAAGCUAAAUCAGUUUUCUUCCCCAUCGUCCCUGCUGGUCUUGGAAUGAUUGACCUCACAGUUAAAGCUCAGUCCCCGUUGGCUGCUGAUGGUGUCAGAAGACAACUGUUGGUUGAACCUGAAGGUGUUCCAAAAGAAUACAAUGUACCGAUUCUGAUUGACCUCAAAGAUAGCAACACCUUCACCAAAGAUGUUCCUAUUACACUUCCGGCAUCUGUUGUUGCUGGUUCACAGCAUGUUAAAGUCACAGCCAUUGGCGACUUGAUGGGACCAACUGUAAAUAAUUUGGACAAACUCUUAAGAAUGCCUAAUGGUUGUGGUGAACAGACAAUGUUGGGAUUUGCACCUGAUGUUUUCGUGUCAAACUAUCUUUCUGCAACUCAUCAACUUUCUUCCGAUAUUGAAGAAAAGGCCAUAGGGUUUAUGGAAAAAGGUUAUCAGAGAGAACUGACAUUCCAACACAAAGAUGGAUCAUUCAGUGCUUUCGGAGAUCGUGAUAAAUCCGGAAGCAUGUGGCUGACGGCCUUUGUUGUCAAAUCCUUCCACCAAGCCAAAUCUCUCAUCUUCAUUGAUGACGAGACUCUGCAGAGAGCCAUUGAUUGGAUGAUCAGCCGACAGAACGGUGACGGAUCCUUCCCAGAACCGGGUCGUGUCAUUCACAAAGAUAUGCAGGGAGGAUCUGCAUCAGGACCAGGACUGACUGCUUUUGUCCUUAUUUCACUGCUGGAAAACAACGAUCUUAAAGGGGGAGUAGCACAAAGAAUCCAGACGGCCAGUCAAAGAGCAGUGUCUUACCUUGAAGGAAGAGUUGCUACGCUCUCGGAUGAUUAUGCCCUCGCCAUAGUUAGCUACUCGCUCGCCUUGGCGAAAUCUGGGUCAGCCGGAGCAGCGUUCAGUCGUCUUAACAAUGACGCUAUAAUAAAGGAUGGCAUGAAACACUGGCACAAAGCUCAAACUCAGACCGAUUCCCACCACUACUGGUCCCCGCCUCAUCGCCAGUCUAACCCAAUCGAUAUUGAGAUGACUUCAUACGCCCUCCUUGUGUACGCCUCCAACAACCAAUUCACCGAUGGACUCUCAGUCAUGAAAUGGAUCACAUCACAGAGAAAUCCCCAGGGUGGAUUUAGUUCAACACAGGAUACCGUAAUGGCUCUUCAGGCGCUCUCCGAGUUUGCCAAAAUGGCCUAUUCUAGCAACUUUGACAUUCAGAUGACGGCGACGGCCGGAAGUUUCUCCCACCAAUUCUCUGUGAAUGCCAAAAAUGCUCUUCUUCUUCAGUCUGUCGAGCUUCCGACCAUCCCAUCCCAAGUAACUAUCUCUGCAACAGGACAUGGUAUGGGUCUCAUCCAGGUGUCGGUUUUCUUCAAUGUGGAGCAAGAAAUCGAGGAACCUUCCUUUGAGAUGACAGUUACUAUGAUGAAAGAUACACUGGACGCCAUUCAAAUUGAAACUUGUGCUCAUUGGCUGAAGGUCGGUGCUAGCGGAAUGACGGUACAGGAGAUAGGGGUUCCUACAGGAUUUGAGGCAGAUUUAGAAAGCAUCACUCAGUUACCUACACUCAAAAAGAUUGAAACAGAAAACAGAAAGAUCGUCAUUUACUUGGAUGAGAUUUCCACCACUCCAACCUGUAUAGUCGUGGAUAUGUUCCGCACAGGACUAGUCGCCAAAACACAACCGGCUGCCAUUCGAAUCUACGAUUACUAUGAGCCAGCCAACCAAGUGACCAAGUUUUACCAAUCCCAGCGACUGAAGAAUUCCAACAUCUGUGACGUCUGCGCGGAUUGUGGAUGUACAGCUUAAAGCUGUUGUUCUGACUCCAAUAGUGAAUUGUUAAUCAAGAUACUGACUUGAUAAAACCAUUUGAAUUUUAUGGAGGUUUUCGUUACAAAUUUUGUGUAGUUUACUUUUAAAAAUAAAUAUCUUUGAUCCUUUG